AUACUAGCUUAAUAAGUAAUUUCUUCUUCAAGUAGAAGGUCAAAUCUUAGAUUUUCAUUGAAACAAUGAAAAAGGUUUCAAAACUCAGUAUUAUCUUCCGUGACGAACUACAACACCUCAACAAAGACUCGGUCGAAAAUUUAGAUGUCGUCGGAAAAAAACCAUUUAACUCAUCGUCGGACAAUGAACGCGACCAAUUCUCCGGCUUGUUUGCUUCUUGCUCAUCGUCUUCGUUUCAAAUGCCUCUUCAGUACCCGAAUUACAAAAAGGAACAAUACGAGAUUAUGUCGGAGGAAGAACUCGAUCAACUUCUCAAACUCUAUGGUCUGCCAGUAGAUAUCGGUGACUUGUCUUACAAAAAAGAAUUUGUAGUGGGUGCAUUCUUGUGGGAGACGGGGUUAAAUUCUUCUCUGGAUGAGCAUGAUUCAGUAAACCCUAAUUCUUCCACUGAUGAUUUGGAUGAGAGCUCUUUGAUAGGAUUGAUGACGGUUCUGAUAAAAGAUAUGGUUCACUUUAUUUUUCGUGUGUAGCAAGUAAAGGAAGUAAAAGCCUAAUUUUGCUUGCCCUUAAAGUUUCGUUUCUGGUUGUUUAUAUGGAUGGAUUUCGAUUGUUAUGAUUUAGGAAGAUAAUGAUUUACUAUAUCAUAUUAUUUUGCUUGGCCCUA